AUGCAACGAGGACCUCUGCCCUAUAUCCUAGAGGACAGGACCGGUGCUAAUACCGGCUCUGACUUUGACGACAUCUACGACCGACUUUUCUUCCGUGUGGCCCGUUCACCAUCUCAAACGGCGACUAUGAUCUACAACAUGCAUCGACGAGCGUCACGUCACCGGGAUUCGUUGCCGUUUACGCAAGACCCUAUUGUCGUUCUCGAUUUCCUGCAUGACGAGUCGCUCGGAACUGUGUCGUUCAUUCGUCCCGCCGGUCGAAUAUCCCAAGCCAUGUCUAAAUAUCUCAGGAAAACCUCCUUGUUCGCAUCAUCGCUGUCACGAAAAUUUACGGGCUCUGAUGGACGAGAGUACAGAUGGAGUUAUCGUUCGGUUGAUGGACAGGAGUGGACAUGCACGACAGGCGCUGAAAAUUACCUGGUUGCCCAUUAUGACCUGAAGAAACCGGAUGUCCGUGUAUAUGGUGUGUCGGGACACACGUUGACGAUAUACGAAGCAUUCGUCCAUAUGGCAGUUGAGCUGAUGACUUCGCUAACAAUCAUGCGCCAUAUCGCACAGCACAACCUGUGA